UUUUCCUGGACGUCUUUCUCAGGGUUAUCAGAAAUCCUCAGUCAGUGUGACCUGUGAUAGUAAGAGCUCUGGCCAUAAAGGGUGGGGGAAGCAGGACCCUGAGAUAAGGCCCAGCUGGAGGAACCUGACCAAAUUCAGGCAUUUUGGUUACCUUGCUACCUCCACAGGGAGCCUGAAGCCAGAGGGAAUGGGUCCUGGAAGCCUCAGACCUCCUCCCCAGGAGGUAGUAACUUUCAAGGAUGUGGCUGUGGACUUCACUCAAGAGGAAUGGGACUUCUUGGACCAUCCCCAAAAGGAGCUGUACAAGAAAGUCAUGUUGGAGAAUGCCUGGAACCUGCUCUCCCUGGGCCUUCCAGUUCCCAGAGAAGACGUGAUCUCUUAUUUUCAUCAAAGGCAAACACCAUGGUUGUUGGACCAAGAAGGCCUGAGGAGCUGCCCUCCAGAUGGAGAAAUAAGAUCUGAAAUGAAGGACACCACUACAGAGCUAAAGCUUUCUGUAGAAGAAACUCAGAAUGGAACAUUCAUGAGUGAUGGUCCCUGUGACUUCAAUUGGAGAGAAAUCUGUACUAAAUAUGAAAGAAUCCAAACAGGAGGAAGACAUGAGUGUAAACAGUGUGGAAAGGCUUUUAUGAGAAAGGCUGGUUUUAUUGCACAUAUGAGGAUCCACAAUGAAGCAAAAUGUUAUGAAGGUAAUCAAUGUGGAAGAGCUUUUCAAAACAAGGCUCCUCUUAUUGUAUCUGAGAGAAUCCACACUGGAGAGAAAUCUUAUGAAUGCAACCAAUGUGGAAAGUCUUUUAGAAGGACAUAUAAUCUCACUGUACAUCAAAGGAUCCAUUCAGGAGAGAAACCUUAUGAAUGUAAGCAAUGUGGGAAGGCUUUUGCACGUACAGAAAGUCUUAGUCUUCAUCAGAGAACCCACACAGGAGAGAAACCUUAUGAAUGUAAGAAAUGUGGGAAAGCUUUUACUCGAAUGGAAAAUCUUACUCUGCAUCAGAGAAUCCACACUGGUGAGAAACCUUAUGAAUGUAAGCAAUGUGGAAAGACUUUUAUACGGAGGGCUGGUUUUAUUGCACAUCAGGGAAUCCAUGAUGAAGUGAAACUUUAUGAAGCUAAUGAAUGUGGACAGAUUUUUAGUGACAAGAGAUGUCUUAUUGCUCAUCAGAGAAUACAUUCUGGAGAGAAAAAAUAUAAAUGUAAUCAAUGUGGAAAGGCUUUUAUUUGGAGGUUCAAACUUAGUGUGCAUCAGAGAAUCCACACUGGAGAAAAACCUUAUGAGUGUAAUCAGUGUGGAAAGACUUUCAGGGUGAGA